CAUCGUGGGGACAGGACAGAAAAGAGGAGAAGCAAUUACAUCAACGAAUGUUAUUAUCGUUAUAUUAUUGUUUUGUCCCGCUCGGGAAGUGGCGACAUUACCAAGUCAUCUCCUAUUUGUGACGUAUAGAAGGUGGGAGCAGAGUGAACGUAACCAGCGGGCUGCAGCAGUGAGCAGCCUGUCGGUCUGUCAAACAUUUAGCAUCGCGGCCAACAUGGCGGACUGGGACGCUGACAACUUCGAGGUGCAGGAGGCGACUCCAAAGGCGCCGCGGGACAAAUGGGAAGGCGAAGACGAAGAAGACGACGUUAAAGACAACUGGGAUGAUGAGGAAGACGAGGAGAAAAAAGAACUGAACAAGACGGGUAAUUAUUCAUUAUUUAGCACUUUUGACAGCUGCUGUUUUGUCAGUUAUCAUUCCUUUUCAGAGGUAAAAGUUCCUGAAAAGAAAAAGUUGAGUGAGAAAAUUAAAGAGCGAGAAAACCGUUUGAAGAAAAAACAACAGGAGUUGCAAGAAAAAGAAUUGGAAGAAGAGCUCACCCCAGAAGAACAACUCGCAGAAAAGUUAAGAGUGCAGAAGCUUCAGGAAGAUGCAGACAUGGAGUUGGCAAAGGAUGCAUUCGGAGUUGGCGGCUCUUCAGUAGCUGGAAUUGAUGCAAUGUGUCCCUCUUCCAAAGAAGAAUUCACAGAGUUUGAAAAAUUGCUGAAAGAAAAGAUAUCCCAGUUUGAGAAAUCGGUGCACUAUUCAAGUUUCUUGGACUCCUUGUUUCGGGAACUCUGUAUUUCAUUGGAAGUGGAUGAUUUGAAGAAAGUCAGUAAUUCCCUCUCAGUUCUACUUAGUGAAAAACAGAAACAAGAAAAGCAAAACAAAGGGAAAAAAAAGAAGAAAGGUGUCAUACCCGGUGGCGGUUUGAAAGCACAGAUGCGAGACGAGUUGGACUAUGGCGGCUUUGAUGGCGGCUACGCGCAAGACUACGAGGACUUCAUGUGACACAGGCUCCAUGGCAAUAGUCCCGGUGCCCUUCCGACCCCGAAUUUUGCAGCUCUACCUUAUGCUGUCCAGUGUCAUCCUGGAAGUUCAGAACUAUGUGUUGCACCCUUCAUCUUGCUUCAGUGACUUCAGGGACUGUGCUGGAAGCUUCCAGUCUCACCUUUUGAUUUAUGUUCAGACAUACGGAAUUGCCUUUUAACUCUCUUCAUACAGCCUGGACUCAUGCACACACCCGAAUAAUUAAGUUUUUAUCUGUUGGGUAACCCUGCUUCAAGGAAGUAUACUUUGGAACUGCUGUUGUCUGUUGUCAGAGCUCAUUUUCAAUGCAAUGUUGCUUCUGUCCCAAAAGCAGACUCAGUAUUGGAGUUAUACAUGUCGUGACAUAGAAACAGAAGGUUCUAUGCAAAUUCUUAAACCAGAAUGUCAUGUGUAUAUAUUUUAGGUCUCACUUGAGGAUGGUUCUCUUACAGAUGAGUAUAUAGUAUCUAUAACCGGUUGCCAAAUACAAAUAAUUCAACCCACUAUUCUUGUUUUUCAACUGCAGAGGUUUUGUUCUGGGGCCCUGAAACUGACAUCAAAGUGGAGAAUGUAUGUUUACAGAAAGCACACUGUUAGCUGAAAGGUUAAAGGGAAGGGUAAAGAAUUAAGAAUUGACUUCAAAACUUGACUGCCAUUCUAUCGCGAUGUCUCUGACUCUCCUCCAACAAUUGGAGGCAAGCGUAUUAACUGGCAUUUUUUGGUGCAUUGCAAAUGAAAUUUGCCAUACCGUACGAGUGCUUGAAAACAUUGGAUUGGUGAGAUUGGAACAACUGAAUAAAAUGGUCUCCUAAUCAUUACUUCUGCCGGCUUGUAUCAAGUAUGAUGAGGAUCGUGGAAUUUAUGGGCCUCCCCCUACUCUUCAUACGGGCUAAAUCAAUUGAGAGCAAUUUAGUUCACCUUUUUCUAGAUCUUGACCAAUUUCAAUGUGACAUGGGGAAUUGGCUACUGUGUUGACAUUUAGACUGCUGCAGUGUUUUAUAAGCAUCUAAUUUAAUAAAUCAUUGGUCAAAACAAA